AUUGAAUAUAAGUCAUGUUUCUGUUGUUCUGGAAGUUUCUUGGCGUCUGACGCGAUGACGCAGUGAAAACCUGAGGCACAUGAUUAUCGAAAGAUAAACCAGCAGCGUCCACAAUGUUAAACGCUAUCAGGACUGAUCUUCGCUUAUUACUUGAGUGUCUGAAGUACCAGAUGAAAUGUCCAGCAUCUCAGAAACAAGCUCUACUCACCAUUGUCUCAAUCUGCCAACAGAAUGCAAAUCAAAACGUGGAGUUCCUCAGAGAGAUUGGAGGUGUGAGGUUCAUCUAUGACCUGUCCAGAUCCAGCGAGUACUCUGAGGUUAAAGAGACAGCUUUAUUCACACUCAGCUCUCUGGCUGAACUCAACGAGAGCAGUAAGCAGAUCCUGUGCAGCGAGGACAUGUUCUGUGGCUUGGCAGACUGCAUGGAACAGGAAGUGUCUCUCACGAUGAAGAGAGUGGCCGUGUACAUGAUUUCUGUAUUAGUUUCCAACAACAAAAUAGGACAGAGCCUGGCUAAGACCUCCAGGUGUAUCGAUAUCCUGCUCAACUUAUUCAGGAGUACGUAUCCAGCGGCUGAAGGAAGUUAUGAGCUGCUGCAGCUGUGGACGUCAGUGUCCAGUGCUCUCUGUGGCUGUGUCAACAAUCCUCAAAAUGAGGAGAACCAGUGUGUCUGCAUGCGUGUGUUGCCUCUAGUCAAAGUGUGGCUCCAGCAGGUAUCCGUGUUAAGGGCGGAGCUGGUUCAACCCGUCUGCUCCUUCAUUAGCAUGACUGUGGCUAAUAACCCAUGUGUGCAGGAGUAUUUUGCAUCAAUUGGAGGACUGUUUAUAAUCUCCGACACUUUGUCUAGUGUGGUUACUCAGUGCAGAGAGAAUCCUUCAGGAUGUAAGCUCGCUGCCAUGAUCACCAGUACACUGGCUGCCUGCAUCAGUGACAACGAGGCUUUAACGCCCAAUCUGUCUGAGCUCACAUUGGUUCCAGACCUGCUGCUGUUGCUGUCCAAUCCAAACCUCACUCCACGAGAUCAGCUGGCCGUGGUGCUGACGCUCGGGCACUGCACUGAUGCAUGUGUGAAGCAUCAGUCGCAGUUGGUGCAGGGUGGAGGACUGCCUCUGAUGAUCUCUCUCCUGACUGAAGCCAAAGAUGAGGAAGUCCGAAAAGCAGCUACCUUUGUACUGCAGACAUGUAAACAGCUCACUGGAUCUGUAGUGGGUCAGAGUGUGGAGUCUGAUCUACAGAGGCAUCGUCAGUCAGCCUGGGAAAUCCAGCAGAGAAUUCGGCAGCUAGAAAAACGACAGCUGGAGGACUGGGGAGGGUUUGUAGAAAAUUCUCCAGCUCGGCCCACUGAGAGCAGAAAGGAAUUGUGGGAAGACUCGCUAAUGCAAAAGGCCAGAGGUCGAAAAAGAGUCUAUGAGAAGGAAUCUGGGAGAGAGGAUAUUCCACAUAAAUUCACACCACCAGUACAAUCUGCAGCUCAGCCAGUCACAGUGCAGGGAAUGAGAAGUCCUGCGCCAGUGCUCCAUGUUCGGAAACAGAUUUUUAAAGGCUUUGAUAAGUCUAUGAAUCCUUUCCAAAAAGGAAAUUCGGAGGAGCUGCAGCUGGCUGAGAAUGUGAGAGGGAGGAGUAUAGCAGAACAGAGUGGACUUCCACUGAGAUUUGAGAGUGAGAUGAAAAACAGAGGGAUGGAAAAAAUCGCGAGAGGUGAAACAGAUGACAGAAACGUCAGAGGAGACAUGACAGCAGAUGACCAGGGAAAUGAAAACCAUGACAGUGCAACACCUAUCAAUCCACCCACAGGGACUGGAGAUGCACAUAGCUCAGAUAUUUUUAAACAUCCUGCUCCCAUGAAGAGACAUCAGAAGACCCCAUUUGACUAUGAGGAUGAUCUGUCUGUGUGCUCUGAGCUCUUGGAUAGUGAGAUUGAGAGGAUUCUCUUCACUCCAGCUGCCUCUAAGCCCAACAGGCUGCGUUGUGCAGGGUGUGUGAGUGGGGUGGAUGAGGUGAACAGCAGGACAGUGGGCGUGGUUCUGCGCAGCUGCAGAAAUCAGUGCGAGUUCCACCUGGUGCUGCAGAAAGCUGAGGAUCGUCUGAAGAGGAUCGUGCGUAUCAGCGGGGUCUCAGACACAGACGGUCUUGGUCAAACACCUGACCGUCGAGUCAGAGAUGUGUGUUCUUCAGAAACCGUCUUUAAACACACAACAGAAGAAAGAGAUCAUCACACAAACAGAUCGACCUGCAGAGACUCUGUGAGGUGGAUAAAUCUCACUCCACUGAAGACUUCAGGUGAAACACAGGGCUCAGACGUGGAGAACAGACCUGUGUCUAAUCUCCAAAUACCAGGGGCCAGUGAUGGAAGGCAGAGAUCCUUAGGCAAACAAAGAGGCAGGAGAGACUAUAGUGGAGAUGAGCUGAAGUACCUCAGAGAGGGGGUAAAACGUUUUGGUCACUCCUGGAACACUAUAUUGUGGGCGUAUCCCUUUCAGCAGGGACGCACCAAUGUGGACCUGGCCAAGAAAUACAGAAAGUUCCAGCAGGGCUCGGCGCUGGCCCCAGACCUCCUAACACAGGAAUGUGCUGAACAAAGAGUUGAUUAAAGAGAGCGUGGUCUGUAGACACUGCGCUGUUAAUGUGUAAACAGCAGAUCAGCGUUUAAUACAGAAAGCUGUGGUGGUUCCUUUAUAAAGUGUUUAUUUAGGAUUAGUGCUGACUAAAACACUGGAAAUUUCUGAUUAUAGUGGAGGAAAGAUGUAUCCAGUGAAUGAAAUAUAUAAAUAUGGAGUAAGACACCGUGUAGCUGGACCGUUCCUGUGAUCCAAACAGAACAAAGCUGUUAGCCAGAGAGAGACAGCGAGAGGUUCAUACAUCAUACAUCGAUGAAAGAAUUAAAGUACCAAACUGUUCGGGUGCUGCAUGUUUCCCAGCAUGCUUUGUGCUUUUCUUUCUGUUCUAGUUCUAUAUCUGACACUCGUCACUGGAUAAACAUAUUGUCUUUCCCUCUGUGUAAAACUAAGAGAACUCACACUAUAUGACAAUAGGUAUGUGGAAAGUGUGUGUGAAUAAACACAAAUCCACACACACACGCCCCAACAUCUAAGCGCAUUAUAACAGCAAACACAGGGGAAUUAGAAUGAGAUGUACACAUGGGUAAAAAGCACACAUGGGUGUUAUGUGCAGGGGUGCACAUACAUUUGGACAUAUAGUGUAGGUGUGUGUUGUAAAGCUGAAACAAGACUCCUGAUGUGUACUACGUGUAAAUCUCUUUACAUUCUGUCUGAAUCUGUUUUAAUUUUUUC